CGCUGUGCGUAAGAGCGCAAUUAUGGAUUUAACCAAGCCUCUCCGCUCCCCGCGCGCAGUCUGCCAGAGCCAGGCGCAGCCCCGGAGGGAGAGAGCGCUCCCAGCCCACGACGACGCCUCCUCCUCCCUCUCCUUCUCUUCCUCCUCCUCCUCCUCUUUCUCUGGCUCUCCCCCCGCCCCGCCAUGGCUGCCUAGAAGAGCGCGACGCCCUCCCGCCUCCGCGCCGCCUCCCUCCCUCCCUCCUUCCUUCCCUCCUUCUUUCCCCAAACGAUGACCGGCGUCUUCGAGAGAAGAGUCCCCGCCGCCAUCCGAGCCGGCGACUUCCAGGCGCCCUUCUCGACCGCCAUGCACGGCCACCCGCCGCAGGAGUCGCCCACGCUGCCCGAGUCCUCCGCCACAGACGCCGACUACUACAGCUCCGCGCCCGGAGGAGGAGGAGGAGGAGGAGCGGGAGGCUACUGCUCGCCCUCGACGGCGCCCUACGCCAAAGCCCUCCACCCUUACCAGUACCAGGCCUACCAAGGCAUGAACGCCGCCGCCGGGUACCCGGCCAAAGCCUACGCAGACUACAGCAGCUACGCCAGCCCCUACCACCAGUACGGCGGGGCGUACAGCCGGGCUCAGAGCGCCACAAGCCAGCCAGAAAAAGACGUGGCGGAGCCGGAGGUGCGGAUGGUGAACGGCAAACCAAAGAAAGUCCGCAAACCGCGGACGAUUUAUUCCAGUUUCCAGCUGGCGGCUUUGCAGCGGCGGUUCCAGAAAACCCAAUACCUGGCCCUGCCGGAAAGAGCCGAGCUGGCCGCCUCCUUGGGACUCACGCAGACGCAGGUGAAGAUCUGGUUCCAGAACAAGCGGUCCAAAAUCAAGAAGAUCAUGAAGAACGGGGAGAUGCCCCCGGAGCACAGCCCCAGCGCCAGCGACCCCAUGGCCUGCAACUCCCCGCAGUCCCCGGCGGUGUGGGACUCGCAGGGCAGCGGGCGGUCCCUGAGCCACCACCCCCACGCGGGACACGGGCCCGCUUCCCACCCUUCCCCGGCCUCCAGCUUCCUGGAGAACUCGGCCUCGUGGUACUCCGGCGGGAACGCCCUCAACGCCCACCUCCAGCCCCACACCUCGCUACAACACCCCUUAGCUUUGGCCACCGGGACAAUAUAUUAGAACAAGGUCCUUGCUUAUUUUUUAAUUUUCCAAUCCCAAUAAGAAUAACAGCAACGUCGUUCCUUCGGCCCCCCCUUUGCUCUUCUUCUUCACUUUGGGACUUUUGAUUAUGAUUUUUUUCCUAGAAGGAGAGGAAAAAAAUAUUGCAAAAAAAAAAAAAGAAAGAAAAAAAGGGCGGUACUUGAAAGGAACCUAUACAGGAGGAUGACUUGUGUAAAGCUUGUGCAUGUAACUUAUUGCAUUUCAAAGGAACUUGUUCCCCACCUUCUUUUCGUUAUUUUUUUAAGACGGACUUUGGGGUGGUUGUUUUCUUUUCUUUUUUGGUUUUAUUUUUAGGGUGUUUUUCUUUUGGUUGUUGUUGUUGUUAUUGUUGUUGUUGGAAUUUUUUUUAUCAGCUGCGGACACUUUCAAAGGUGCCUUGAAAUCUUCUCGACCUCACUUUUUUCCAGAGACUUUUUUUCUCCCUCCCCCCCAAAUGUCAUUUCCAACCCUGUACAUACCUGUAGAUAGAGGAAUUAAAUGUAUAUUCUGAAUAAAAUAAAAUUAUUUCCAACAACGGAACAGGAAAAAAAGGAAAGAAAAAACAGAACCAAAAAAAAAAUAUGAGAA